GCGCGCGUGCCGCAUAUCGAUAACACGCUAUCGAAACUAUAACUACUGUAGUUGACAGCCAACAAUAAACAGCCGGCUGACUAAACAACAAACUUAGCGCCAAAAAUAAAAUAUAAUUAACUAAAUACAAAAAUAUAUAGUUAAAAAUUAGCAGCCAUGGUCGAUGCCAGCAAAUUGCAGCAGCAGCAGCGCAAACCCAGCGCCGACACAUUUCUGCCCCUCAGCCGAGUGCGCACUAUCAUGAAGAGCUCCAUGGACACCGGUUUAAUUACCAACGAGGUGCUUUUCCUUAUGACCAAGUGCACGGAGCUGUUUGUGCAGCAUUUGGCCCGUGAGGCAUACACGGCUACAUGUGGCGAAACCUUGAAGUACGAGCACUUGUCGCAGCUGGUCAACAAGAGCAAGAAUCUGGAGUUCUUGCUGCAAAUUGUGCCGGAAAAAAUACGUGUUCACGAGUUCCAGGAGAUGUUGCGACUGAAUCGCGCCAGCGGCAGUGAUGAAGAUGACGACGACGAUGAGUCCGGCUCCGAGUCUGAAUCGGAGGCAGAGUAAAGCGGCUCAAGCAGCAACAAAAUAAAAAAUUCUAGAAUUUAAGAUCAGAUUAAUACCGAAAAUUGUACAAUAUCACAUAAGAAAUUAAGUUUUCUUUAAUCAUAUUUGUCUGUCUGUUUGUCCUAAUCUCUAAGCUGCACAUCCAUUUAUUUAACUCUUAUACAUAUAUUAGCAAUCAACUUAAAUGAGUUUUAUGAAAUCGUUUAGCAUUCCUUUGCAACUAAAUUUUGACACUCAACGUUUUUUUGCAGAUAAUAGUAAGAAUAUAUCUGCAUAACUCUUAAGUAAUGUAUCUCUUUUGCAAAUUAGUAUCUUAGCUUAAUUUAUGCUCUAACUUAAUUGGAAAUCAAUUGUAACUGCAGUCCGGGUGUUUUACAGUCGAGCACACUCGAUUGCAUCUUGCUUUCUAAGAUAUAUUGUCAUUAUUGUAUGCAAAUUAAAAGAAGUCGUAUGGCUAGACUUCACCUGAUCAGUA